UUAUGUCUGUCAUCCAUAUUUCUCCUCCCACCAAAGGCCAAACACAUCUGACAUUUUAACAGUCAAUUCACAUUUUUCAAAAACUUCUUCUCCUUCUUCCUUAUAAUUACUCAAAUUAAAUCCUUCUAACUAUUACUUACAAAAACAUUAGAUUCCCUGAAAAUUUCAUUUUCUUUCUCCACUAUGCUUCUGCUUCUCUCUCUUCUCCUUUCCCUAAUCUUUCAAAUUUGUAAUUCCACAACAAUAUUAGUAGAUGGUGUUUCAGAAUGGAAAAAUCCUACUGUUCAUGUUGGUGAUUCAAUAAUUUUUAAACAUAAGUAUCACUACAACCUCUACAUUUUCCAGAACCAAAGAGCUUUCAAUCUCUGCAACUUCACUCAAGCCUCACUCCUCACCAAGCCCAACUCCAUCUCCUAUACGUGGCAUCCAUCACGCACUGGUUUCUACUACUUCACAUUCAACAAUGGCUCUUUGAAAUCUUGUAAUCAAGACUCUCUAAAACUGUCAAUAAAGGUCUCUCCACCGCAACCACCAGUAGAACUGAGUCCAGCGGCAGCUCCAAUUCCAGCACCCAUUUCCGGUGGUGAAGUGUCAUCUUCUCCAGCUUAUCCAUGGCCAUUCCGUCCUCGUGAAGAAGCUUCUUCACCUGCUCCGGUACCCAGUAGCGUUGGCGCAAGCUCUCCGAUGACAGUGCCAACCGUGAUUCCAUCUGAUAAAGGUGGCGGCAGCAGCAUGCCGUUUAUAAAUAGUAAUCCUGCUGUUCCCUUGCCCACUGGUGAAGUUGACUCCGCCACCAUACGCCCCUUGCCCGCCUCUGGCCACCAUCAACAGGUACCGCUCUCCUAUCACACACAUUGUGAAAAAAGAGGGGAAAAAAAAAACGAAAGAAAGAAAUUUCUUUUAAUUUAAAAAAUAAAUAAUACA